AUGACACGAGAACAGUAUAUACUGGCAACACAGCAAAACAAUCUGCCAAGAACAGAAAACCCUCAGCUUUAUCCAGUAGGAAUUUAUGGUUGGCGCAAGAGGUGCCUAUACUUCUUUGUCCUCUUGCUAUUGGUUACCAUGAUAGUUAACUUAGCAAUGACAAUAUGGAUACUGAAAGUAAUGAAUUUCACAGUGGAUGGAAUGGGGAAUCUGAGAGUCACCAAAAAAGGAAUUCGACUUGAAGGUAUAUCUGAAUUUCUACUUCCAUUGUAUGUGAAAGAAAUCCAUUCCCGAAAGGAUAGCCCACUGGUCUUACAGUCUGACAGGAAUGUUACAAUGAAUGCAAGAAAUCAUAUGGGACAGUUAACUGGACAACUGACUGUAGGUGCUGAUGCUGUAGAAGCCCAGUGUAAAAGGUUCGAAGUGAGCUCGAGUGAAGAUGGGAGGGUCCUCUUCUCUGCUGAUGAAGAAGAGAUUGUCAUUGGAGCUGACAGACUGAAAGUCACAGGAACUGAAGGGGCUGUAUUUGAACAUUCUGUGGAGACACCCCAUAUCAGAGCAGAACCUUCCCAAGACCUCAAGCUUGAAUCUCCAACAAGAUCUUUGAUAAUGGAGGCUCCAAAGGGAAUACAAGUGAGUGCAGCUGCAGGGGACUUGAAAGCCACCUGUAGAAAGGAGCUACACUUGCAAUCCACAGAAGGGGAGAUAUUUUUAAACGCAGACUCAAUCCGACUAGGGAAUCUCCCGCUGGGUUCCUUUUCUUCCUCCUCCUCUCCCUCAGCAAGCUCCUCAGCUCCUCGACAGACUAUCUAUGAGCUCUGUGUUUGUCCCAAUGGUAAACUUUACCUUUCCCCAGCAGGAACAGGCUCCACGUGUCAGUCCAGUAGCAACAUCUGCUUGUGGAGCUGA